AUGACGUCUCCCUUGCCUCUCCUCCGUGUCCCAUACCUCCCGUUAGCCAGAAUUAUCGAUUUUAUGGAGCCCAAUGAAUUAGUAUCGCUGUCUUUCUGCUCUCAGAAAAGCCAAUCUGUCAUCAAAACUCUACGGAAAGCGUCAUGUGACGAACAUCUACAUGUUGGGGGAUCCGAGAACAAUGUAUCAUCCAUUUCAUUCACUAAUUUUGGCUGUGUGUUGAGUACAAGUAACUCUGCAUAUAUCUCAAGUUCUAAAAAAGAGGAAUUUGUGAAAUUGGGUGAACAACAAGUACGAGUCAAAUAUCACCGUUUAAGGAAAUAUUUGAUGACAUAUUGGGAAGAUGAACUGACUGGAUUGGAAGCUAUCACUGAUUAUGUGAUGGAUUUAUUCAAUAUUGAUGUAUCAGAAGUCUAUAUCUCUAAAGAUUCAUUCAAAAUGAUUGAAUGGGUGAAUAAUAGACAGAAGACACAAUUGAAAAAAGUGGCUUACGUAGACUGGAAUAGAAUACCAUCGGAAGAAGAAAUGAAUUAUAUUCUGAAGGAUUGCCAGUGUUCAUCUGAAAUACUUAUAUACUCAGAAGCUCCGCCCAAUUUUCGCUUCUCGAGUAACUUUCGUAGAAUCGAUUGCUUUGAUAUCACUGAUUCCAAAUGGGUAACAAUCGAUAACCUGUUAACCAUGGAUGGGGUCGAUAUUGUUUUAGGGACAUGUAGUCUGUCUAGUACUGAUUUGAAUGUCUUUCUGAAGCAUUGGUUGUCAGGAGGGUGUCCGAGACUCAAGUUUUUCUUGGCUAUGAUUAACACUGUGAAUAUCCUCCAAUUACUUGAUGGUCUCAUGGAUAACGCCGUUGUUGUGGAGAACGAUCGUAACUACUCCAGCCCAUUUGGAUACAGUAAAACUUUGUCAUUUGGAGUUGAUAUACAACGAGCGGAUGGUGUGACAGCUACAGUUUGCAAGCAGAUGAAUGAAACAUUGGUUAUUGCUGUUUGGCCAGAGAUCACUUAUAAUUAUAUUUAA